ACCUAUAACCUUUAUUUCUCAUCCGUAUUACGUCGUUGUUCUCUUCACCUGCCAUCACAACAAAGGUAUUCGAUUCUCUCAACGUUCUCCUCUCCCCAUCAGCUCGCGACCUUCGAUACCGAUCGAGCCUCGAGAGAUCCUCUGAUUCUCUUGCGCAUCUCACUUGGACAGUCCCACUCGGAAGACAGACGCUGUAAAGAGUGAAGAGCGAGGAACACGUGGACCAGGACCCCAUCAACGACAACAUGUCUUCCCUUGAGGGAGUAAAGGCUCCCGACAAUGGCGACAAGCCUAACCGUCGGCCGUCGAAGCGGACCACACUGGAUCUUGAGGAGGGAGGUCUCGCGCACCCCGGCUCAGACAGCACUAGCGGCGGCGGCGAGGCAGCAUCAUCAAAUCCGGCUUCAGACGAGAAGAGUGCCGAAGGGUCGAGCAGCAGGGCAAAGACAACGAUUAGUCUGGGCAGGAACGAGAGCGAGCAGAGGAUGGGACUAGGUGGUCCUGCCAUGGGACCGCCGAGAAGGUCGACCAUGAACAGCAUAGGCCAGCGGGCACUGGGGAGAUCGUUCACCAGCCUCUUCGUGCCCGAGCAUCGUCUCAAGCCUGCACCCUCAGUCAAGCAGAGCCUGUUGAACAUUGUCAAGUACAACUUCCUCAAUGUCCUUGUGCUCCUCAUACCCGUCUCAUGGGCGCUUCACUUUGCGACACCUGACAACGAUCUGGCAAUCUUCUUGACGUCGUUCCUUGCCAUCAUGCCCUUGGCUGCACUUCUUUCGUACGGGACAGAAGAAAUCUCGUUCCGAGUUGGUCAGACGUUGGGUGGACUGCUCAAUGCAACUCUGGGCAACGCUGUUGAGCUCAUCGUAGCCAUCAUUGCCCUGCUCCAGUGCCAGCUUAUCAUCACGCAGACGUCGCUGGUUGGCUCCGUCCUCUCGAAUUUGCUCCUGGUUCUUGGCAUGUGCUUCUUCGUCGGCGGUCUUCGCUACAAGGAGCAAGAGUUCAAGCAGACCGCCGCCCAGCUCAACACGAGCAUGCUUACAAUGGCCGUCAUCAGCGCCUUGAUCCCCGCCGGGUUCCACGCAACGCUGGGCAGCGUUGUUCCCGAUCCUGAGGAGCGCUCCGAUCUCCUCAAGCUCUCACGAGGAGGCUCAAUAAUACUCAUUGUCAUGUACGCCGGCUACCUUUACUUCCAGCUCAGGUCCCACACCCACCUCUACGCCGACGACGAAGACGCAGAGGAGGAGCCUACGCUCGAAAUUUGGACUGCUGGCGCUCUCCUCGUCGUCUCCACUGUCCUCGUCGGUGUCACUUCCGAGUGGCUCGUCGACUCCCUCGACGGCUUCUCAAGUCGUUAUGGCGUACCAAAGAGCUUCAUCGGUCUAGUCCUUCUUCCCAUCGUGUCCAAUGCCGCCGAGCAUGUCACAGCCGUUGUGGCCGCGAGAAGGAACGCCGUGGACCUUGCCAUGGGCGUUGCGGUGGGAUCGUCGAUCCAGAUUGCCAUCUUUGUCCUCCCGCUCCUCGUCGUCAUUGGCUGGAUUGCCGACAAGCCACUGAGUCUCCUCUUCGACCCCUUUGUCGCCAUCCUCCUCUUCCUCGCCGUCCUCAUCGUCUCCUACAGUAUCGCAGACGGCCGCUCAAACUGGAUGGAGGGAUGGAUUCUCAUGAAUGUCUUCGUCCUCAUGGCCUUUGCCUCGUGGUACAUUCCCGACUAUACCGGCCUGUUUCCUGACGAGUACUGCAAGGACCGAAACUACUUCAACACGCACCCAGACGCGACGAAUCUUGGCUCAUCAUAAAGGACCGCCCAGCGGCCUGCGUGUCGGUACGACACACCCGUUGCCUCGUCGAUUCCACUCCUUUUCGCCUUUGCUCUCGUUCUCACUCUAUCCAUAAGGCAUCGUUCUUCACUUUGGUUCUUGUUCUUCUCUCAUCUUUCACACAUUAUCACCACAGUCAUAAUACUAGUAGCAGCAGUACGCGCUCUCUCAUUCACACAGAUCAAUGCCAUCGCGGUCUUUUCGCGUAAUCGAAUCAAACCCAGACCCUUCUAUGAC